UAGCAGCUCACUCGUUCCACCACUAGAAAGAACGUUCACCACAAUGGCAGCUCCGGCGGCCUUGUCGUCGACCCUCGUCCUCCUGCUCGUGGCCUUCACCGCCAGCCGUGUCGGCGCGGCCACCUUCUACAUCACCAACGGGUGCGCCUCCACGGUGUUCCCCGGCGCCAUCCCGGUUGCCCGCGGCGUCGGCGGUACGGAUCUCAAACCCGGCGAGACGUGGGCCCUGAAGGUGGACGCCGGCGCCUCCGGAAGGAUCUGGCCCCGCACCGGGUGCUCCUUCGACCCCGUGACCGGCCAGGGCGGCUGCGACACCGGCGACUGUGGCGGCGUCCUGCGCUGCGUCCUUCCCGGGAAGCCGCCGGCGACGCUAGCCGAAUUCACCAUUGGGGAGGACGGCGGCGCCCCCGACAUCUACGGCAUCUCCGUCGUGGAUGGCUUCAGCAUUCCGAUGGAGUUCUCGUGCAGCCCUGGCGGCAUCGCCGACGGCGUCGUCCGGUGCAUGGACGCCGGCUGCCCCGACGCGAACCACCACCCCGGCGACGGGAAGUACCGCACGUGCCAGGGCGACAGCGAGUACCAAAUCGUCUUAUGUCCAUCCACAUGAUGAGACCCGUGCAUACAUGCAUGGGCAUGGCCGCCAUGGCAGGCUUCAUUAGCCAUUUGAUCAUGAUAAUAUUGUCUUAGAGAAUGCAGAUGUAUGGGGAAAUACCUAAAUGGAUGAAUAGAAACUUUCGAUUAUCUCAUCAAUGUUCUAGUGUUUGGUUGC